GAGGGAUGCAGCUGUUGCUUCCCUUCUCUCACUCCUCUCUCUCUCUCUCUCUCUCUCUUUCUCUCUUCCCUUUAAACCCGCACGAAAACAAAAACCCCCAAACACAUCUCUCUCUCUCUCUCUCUCUCUCUCUCUCUCUCUUUCUCUCGCUCGUUCACAUGGAAAUGAAGGGCGAGCGCAAUGCGCCAUUAUCCGGCGAGGCUCCGGCGAGGUCUCCGCCGGAGUCGGAGUCGCCGGCGCCGUCUCCGGCGAGCUCUGUUUUGGGGGAUUUCAUGCCAGGGCCUACAGUGGAGACAGGAGAAGAUGUGAGCCUUGAAUGGCUCUCCAUAUAUGUAGAGCAGUGCCUCUCCAGCUCCACCACUUUCUCCAAUCCCCAUUCCCUCACCACUCCCCCCUCCUCCACCACCAAUAACAACAACAACAACAUCAAGAACAACAACAACAACAACAACAUCAAGAACAACAACAACAAUAAGAACAACAAGAACCCAAAUUCUCAAACCCCACAAUUUUGCCAAGAAACCCCUCAGCUUCCCCAGAAUCCAAUCCCGGUCCCUGCGAAGUCCAGGACCAAGAGAAGAAGAAUCACCACCACGCCAAGAAGCCUCUUGGGCCCCCUCGGCGAAGCGCGCUAUGAAUAUGACUAUGACUACGACUACGACUACGGCCCCCUCCUCUUGGCCCCCCCUGACCCUCCCCUCCUCCACCAGACCCAAUGGCUCGCCGACAGCGAGCUCCUCUCCUUCCCCAAAACCAACCCCCUGAAAGAAGAAGAUCGCAGCGGCAGCGAAAGCAAGAACCCGACACCGAAAGGAGCUGAGGGUGAUGAUGACGAUGACGAUGACAAUGAGGAGGAGAAGAAGGGUAAGGAGGAGGAGGAGGAGGAGGGGGGGCAGCAGCAACUGGGGGGCCAAGGCCAAGGCCAAGGGCAGCAACUGAGGAGGUGCACCCACUGCCUCUCACACAAGACACCCCAGUGGAGAGCAGGGCCCCUGGGCCCCAAAACACUCUGCAAUGCAUGUGGGGUGAGGUUCAAGUCAGGUAGGUUGCUCCCUGAGUAUAGGCCUGCAAAGAGCCCCACUUUUGUGAGCUACAAGCACUCCAAUUCUCACAAGAAGGUCAUGGAGAUGAGGAUGAUGGCCAUCCUCUCCUCCCAAUCCAAUUGAAUCAAUGAGAGAUAGAGAGAGAGAGAAAGAGAAGGGGAGGGAUCACAAAGAGUUGGGUUUGUUUAGCCUUGUUUAGUUUCCAUUAGGGUGGUUCAAUGUGUAAGUAAACAAGUAGAGAGGUUUGCAUGAAGAGAGUAAAUGCCAGAGUUGUUACAUUUGUAGUGAGUUAGACUGAUGAGCAUUAUCAGUUAAAAAUGUUGUUCAUAUGGUAAUUAGCUAUAUUGCAAUUUGCUAUUAACAAUUAGUAGCAAGCGUUCGAGCAACUGCGAUUUAUUGUGGCUUUCGAUCA